AUGAAAAUCAUCCUAAAAAAUGUCAACUACCUUUUUCUUGAAUCUACCAAAAGAAAAAUAAAUGUAGAAAAACAAAAAAAUAAAGAAAUCAUUGUAAGCAUUUUAAUUGAUAAACUAAUUAAAAUAAAACAUAAAAAUGAAUUUUAUAAAUGUGCAUCCUAUUACAAUUUUUUAUUUAGUAAAUAUGUUAAAUAUCUUUCUAUAAAUCAUUGUUUAAAAUUAUAUUAUUUACAAAAUAAAAAUUCUUCUUAUAUAUAUAAUACCAGAUUACUUACCUAUAUAUGUAGAUAUAUUAAUAAUACACCAAUUAAUAUUAUUUUAAAUUUAAAAAAUGAAUUUAUCUUAGAUUAUAUAUAUAAUUGUAAUAUAUAUAAAUAUAAGUAUUUUUUUCAAACAGAAUAUUACCAUUUUAUUUAUAACAUGUUAUUAUUAUGUUCUCUUAGACUUUGUUAUCCUAAUGUCGUUGAAGAACUUUUUUGCAAGAAUCAUAAAGAAGAAGGAGAAAAAAACACAAUAAACAAAACAAAACAAAUAAACCAAAUAAACAAAAUAAACAAAAUAAACAAAAUUAAUAAAACACAUGGGAUACAUAUUAAGUUAAAAAAUUUAUAUAUUUAUUAUAACCAAUUAAAUGAUAUUCAUAUAUCACAAUAUAUUUUUAUGAAAGGAUGCCAUAAAUCAGACCAUUAUAUAGAGAAUAAUAUGGUAAACAGGGAUAGUAUGAAUAUAUUUAUAAAAUUAUAUAAAUGUCUUAGUAUAAAUCAUAUAUAUCCAUUUAUCUUCUUAAACAAAUAUUUAUAUAACAAUUAUAUCCUGUUCUCCCUAAAAAAACAAACACAAAAAUGUAUACAUAAUUUAAUAACCUCCAACAUUAGCACAAUGUAUGACUUUAAAGAAAUAAGAUUCUUAAUUUAUAAUAGAACUAUAGAAUAUAUAAAAAUACAUAACAUUAUCGAAUUAAUGUUUUAUUUAUCAAAAUGUAAUUUAUAUUUUUAUUAUGAAUCAUUUUUAUGUACUUAUUUUUAUAUCAUCUCUUUAUAUAUCUGUAAAUUGAAGAAUGAUAUAAAUUUUGCAAAUUUUAAGGUACCAAAUAUUAAUCAUAAUAUUGUUGAAAAAAAAAAUGAAAAUGAAUAUAUCCUACAUAAUAAUGAUGAUUAUAAUGAUGAUAAUAAGGAUGAUUAUAAUGACGAUAAUAGUUAUCAUAUAAAAUAUAUAAAUAUAAAUAUAGAUAAUAUGAUUACUAGUUUUAUUAACUACCUUUCUUCAUCUUAUUCUUACAGAAAUGUUAAAAGAAAUAAUAAUACAACAUCAUCUGUCAUUUUAUGCUUAUAUCUUUGUUUAGAUUUAUUUUCUUUAUUUCCAAAUUUACAUAAUUUAUUCUUUAAUUCAUAUCCUACAUAUAAUAAUUACACAAAGGAGAUUUUAUCAAAGGACCAAGGAUUUAUUUUAAUAAAUUCAAUAGAAGACACGUAUUUGAAAAAUGCAUCUUUUAUUAAAAAGUGCUUACUUCUUAUAUAUAUUAUAAAUACAAUUAUAAUUCCUUUUAUACAAACAAAUGUUCUUAUAUCUAAUGAUAAGAAAUAUCAAAAAUUUUCAGAUUAUUAUAUAAACCAUAAUAAAAUUCAUAUAAAAGAAAAAAGAAUAAAAACACAAAAUGGUAAUGCUAUAAAUAAUACACUAAAUAAAUAUAACCAUUCUGAUCAAUCAAAAAAGAAUGGUCAUCAACAUCUGUCCUAUUAUUUAAUAAAUAAAAAUGUCAAAUUAUUCAUAUAUUCAUUAUGUUCAAAAAAUAAUAAUAUAUUUUAUUUCAUAAAUUUGUCAUAUCUAAAAUUAUUAUACAAUCAAAUGAAUUACUAUAUAGAUAAUUGUUGUAUAAAAAAGUACAAAAAGUCUGAAAUCGAAAAAGAUGUAUUUUACAAUUUAAAUGAAUAUAUCACAAAACGGUAUCCUACAUAUAUAUGUUCAAAUAGUGUGGAUAAAGGCAUCCCUAUAUUUUUUACAAUAGACAUAUUGAUAUAUAAAAGGAAAACAUAG